AUGCUGGCCGCAAAGGAAAAUGGCAUCACUUAUAUGGAGGUAAUGAACCGAGCACGCGGGGCCCUUGAUGUCGACGCCGUAAGCGUGGAGGGCGGGCUCAAGGUUCGGCACACCGCUAACGCAGCCCGGCUACUGGAAUGUCCUGGCGCCCAAUCUGGCGUAGCCGCGGACAGACUGGUGGCGCGGCUCCGGGAGAUCUUGCCAGACCCAGAGAUAGUGCACAUCGAAUGCCCCGUCAAAAUGGUGGAAGUCAAGUCGCGACCCAGGACGAAGUGGCCGCCGCCAUUGCAUCACAGGGAAAGUGUGCCCUGUGAUGCAAUGGCAAUUAAGGUGAGGGAAUUCCGGAGCGCUUACUCCGGAGCCCGCACCGCAUGGGCGCGGUGCCCCGUACAGGCGGCUAUUCUCCUAGCCGCACCUCCAAGUGGGAAUCCUGCCAACACGCUUGGAAGUCUGCGCGUAGUCUGGAUCAUGGCUCACGAUGGCUCAUGA